AGCAUGCAUACAGUGGUAAAGAGAGAGAGAGAGAGAGGGGGGGAGAGAAACAAUGCAGAAAGAGAAAGUAGAGAGAGAGAAAGAUAGCUGUAGUUUGCAGGUUUUGUAGCAGAGUUCUGGCAGAUUGUUUUUUAACUUUAUCCAUGAAAUAAUUCUCCUCUCUUCUCUCUCUCUCUCUCUCUCUCGGUUCUUACCAGUACAGUGGUGUGUGUAUAGAGUUUCUGCGUUGCCAGAGCGAUGUGAUUGAACGACCAAAGUUGAGCUCCCCUUGCUCACACAUAUCGUCACCUCUGUUAAAGAAAACCCACCAGAAAUCUCCAUAAACCCCUACUCCCCCUUCCGUCAUUCUUGUCGCCAACUACUUUGAUGUGAGAAAAGCGUUUCUUUGGGGCGUGUACGGACUCUCUGGCUUCUGGUUUUUUUUUUUUUCUUUUUUCCACAUAUAUUUUCAACUGGAACAGAGUUUCUAAGAGGGGUUGGCUGUAAAAUGAGGUUUUUCGGGAGGGCAGUUGUGGCAUUUCCUGCUGAGCUCCUUCUUCUGGCUUUUCUCGUCUGUCUCAGCUUUGCUCCGGUCGAUUCCGACGACGGGGCAACCUUAUUGGAGAUAAAGAAGUCAUUUAGCGAUGUGGACAAUGUGCUAUAUGAUUGGACAGACGCACCUUCUUCGGAUUCUUGUGUUUGGAAAGGGGUUGAAUGUGACAAUAUCACCUUCAAUGUCAUGGCUCUUAAUCUGUCAGGUCUGAAUCUUGAUGGAGAAAUCUCACCUGCAAUAGGAGAUCUUAAAAGCCUGCUCACUCUUGAUCUCAGGGGAAACCGGCUCUCUGGGCAAAUCCCAGAUGAGAUAGGUGACUGUUCUUCUUUGAAAAGCCUGGACUUGUCAUUUAAUGAGAUAUAUGGAGACAUUCCAUUUUCAAUCUCGAAGUUGAAACAACUGGAAUAUCUAAUCUUGAAAAAUAAUCAGUUGAUUGGACCAAUUCCUUCAACCUUGUCCCAGAUUCCAAACUUGAAAAUUUUAGACCUGGCACAAAAUAAUCUCAGUGGAGAAAUACCAAGGCUUAUAUACUGGAAUGAAGUUUUGCAGUAUCUUGGUUUCCGAGGGAACAAUUUAGUUGGUACACUCUCUCCAGAUAUGUGCCAGCUAACUGGGUUGUGGUACUUCGAUGUAAGAAACAACAGUUUGACUGGCAGUAUUCCUCAGAAUAUAGGCAACUGCACUGCCUUCCAGGUCUUGGACUUGUCCUACAACCACCUGACUGGAGAGAUUCCAUUCAACAUUGGCUUCUUGCAAGUAGCCACAUUAUCAUUGCAAGGUAAUCAACUUACUGGGCAUAUUCCAUCAGUGAUUGGUCUGAUGCAGGCACUUGCUGUACUAGAUCUGAGCUGCAACAUGUUAAGUGGAGCAAUUCCUCCUAUUUUGGGAAAUCUCACUUACACUGAGAAAUUGUAUUUGCAUGGCAACAAGCUGACUGGAUCCAUUCCCCCAGAGCUCGGAAAUAUGACAAAGCUUCAUUAUCUGGAAUUGAAUGACAAUCAUCUUACCGGGCAUAUACCACCUGAGCUUGGGAAGCUCACCGAUCUAUUUGAUCUAAAUGUUGCUAACAACAAUCUUGAAGGGCCCAUCCCCGAUAAUCUUAGCUCAUGUACAAAUCUUAACAGUCUAAAUGUCCAUGGGAACAAGUUGAAUGGAACAAUCCCACUUGCUUUACAAAGGCUGGAGAGUAUGACAAAUCUAAACCUUUCCUCCAACAAUCUUCGGGGCCCCAUUCCAAUUGAGCUAUCUAGGAUUGGUAAUUUAGACACUCUGGACGUCUCUAAUAACAAAAUUAAUGGCUCAAUUCCUUCUUCACUUGGUGAUUUGGAACAUCUUCUGAAGCUGAACUUGAGCAGAAACCAUUUAACAGGAAUUAUACCUGCAGAGUUUGGUAAUCUAAGAAGUGUUAUGGAAAUAGAUCUUUCAAAUAAUCAUCUCUCAGGCUUCAUUCCUCAAGAACUUAGUCAGCUUCAAAACCUGUUCUCAUUGAGACUAGAAAACAACAAUUUAUCAGGGGAUGUGAUGUCAUUGAUUGACUGCCUCAGUCUUGUGGUACUCAAUGUAUCUUACAACAAUCUAGCUGGUGAUAUUCCCACAAGCAAUAACUUCUCAAGGUUUUCACCUGACAGUUUCAUUGGAAAUCCUGGUCUUUGUGGCUCUUGGCUCAAUUCCCCAUGUCAUGAAUCUCGUCCUACAGAGCAAGUCACAAUAUCUAAAGCAGCUAUUUUGGGGAUUGCUCUUGGUGCCCUUGUGAUUCUUCUCAUGAUCUUAGUGGCAGCAUGCCGGCCACACAAACCAGCACCUUUUCCAGAUGGAUCACUUGACAAACCAGUUACGUACUCGACACCUAAGUUAGUGAUCCUUCACAUGAAUAUGGCACUUCAUGUGUAUGACGACAUCAUGAGAAUGACAGAAAAUUUGAAUGAGAAGUAUAUAAUUGGCUCUGGUGCAUCAAGCACGGUGUACAAAUGUGUCCUUAAGAAUUGCAAGCCAGUGGCCGUCAAGAAACUCUACUCCCACUACCAGUGCUUGAAAGAAUUCCAGACAGAACUUGAGACAGUGGGGAGUAUCAAGCAUCGGAAUCUGGUUAGCCUCCAAGGGUAUUCCUUGUCCCCAUCUGGGAACCUUCUCUUCUAUGACUACAUGGAAAAUGGUAGUCUCUGGGAUCUCCUUCAUGGCUCUGCCAAAAAGAUAAAGCUUGACUGGGAGACUCGUCUUCACAUAGCACUCGGAGCAGCUCAAGGGCUGGCAUAUUUACACCAUGAUUGUAGCCCCCGCAUCAUCCACAGGGAUGUGAAGUCUUCUAAUAUUUUACUCGACGAGGAUUUUGAGGCCCAUCUCACUGAUUUUGGCAUUGCCAAGAGUUUAUGCACCUCAAAGUCCCACACUUCCACUUACAUAAUGGGCACCAUUGGCUAUAUAGACCCUGAGUAUGCGCGUACUUCCCGCCUCACUGAGAAAUCCGAUGUGUACAGUUAUGGAAUUGUUCUACUUGAGUUGCUGACAGGAAGGCAAGCUGUAGAAAAUGAAUCCAAUCUUCAUCAUCUGAUCUUGUCUAAGACGGCCAACAAUGCUGUCAUGGAAACUGUUGAUCCUGAGAUCACUGCCACGUGUAAGGACCUUGGAGCAGUAAAGAAGGUUUUUCAGCUAGCCCUUCUAUGCAGUAAGAGACAGCCGUCAGAUCGGCCAACCAUGCAUGAAGUAACACGUGUCCUGGGGAGCCUUGUGCCAUCGACCACAACAGCAAAACAACCAACCCAGAACCCACUAGCUCCACUCCCUUCUACAAAGGUGCCUUGCUAUAUGGAUGAGUAUGCAAAUCUCAAGACCUCACACAUGGUGAAUUGCCCAUCCAUGAGCACCUCAGAUGCUCAGCUCUUCCUAAAGUUUGGAGAGGUAAUUUCUCAGAGCAGCAAGUGAAGAAAGAGUGUUAGAAUCAAAGCAUUACAACAUCCGAAACAUAAGGUAGUGGGAUAGUAAAAGAAUCAGUCCAUUGAAAAUGUGUAUAAAUAUUUGGUAUUUAUUAGUGUUAUAACUUAACCGGAGAAAGUAAAAAGAUGGACAACUUCACCAAUAUAUUUUAAAGGUGUAGUACUUCAAUUUUCAUGUACCAAAAAUGUAAUGUAUUAUAUAUGAUAGUAUGGUAGAAACUUUGGCCUUUU